AUGCAUAACUCCAAAGCACGUGCUAGUUCUCAAGAGAUACAGGAGGAAUUUUGUGUAGGAAGUUGUAUAAUGGAGUAUUUUGAGGCACAACCGGGAGCAAGAAAAUUUCCGGCAUUUCCAGCGGUAAAAAAACUAGAUUUUUUCAGAAAAAUAGAGCCUAGUUAUAUAGAAAAGUCAUCUAAAGGAGGAAUUCUUACUAUUUUAUGGUCUAUUUUUCUUGUGAUUUUUCUUUGGCGGGAAAUUGGGAUGUAUAGGAGAGGAAAAGAAGAACACCAGUUUAAUAUUGAAAAAGAGGUGAUGGAGCACAUGAAAUUGAACGUGGAUAUAGUUGUUUUUAUGCCGUGUGAUGUAAUUGAUGUGAAUGUAAAAGAUGCGACGUCUGAACUGAUUUUGGCGGGAGAGACCCUGAAAAAAGAGGGAGUAAGACGAGUGGGGGCACUAUUUGAAACGGAAUCAAUAGACUUUUCAAGCAAACAUAUUCCACCUAUCCAGACGGUAAAGCAGGUCUUUCGGCGACUAAAGGAAGAAGAGCUGAAGCCAAAAGGACAUGUGAAGGAUGCACCUGCAUGCCGUAUUUAUGGGAGCAUCGAUAUUCAUAGAGUACAUGGAAAUUUUCAUAUUACAGCACAAGGACAUGGUUAUGGAAUAAAGCAUUUAAGUCAUGAUCAAAUGAAUUUUACACAUAUAAUUCGUCAUUUUUCUUUUGGUAAACACUACUCCAGUAUUAUUAGUCCUUUAGACAAUACUGGAAGAAUUACAGAUCAUAAUUUUUACUUGUUUCAGUACUAUAUAUCUAUUAUUCCUACCACAUAUGUAAAAGGUAAUAAACGUUUAUUAACGAAUAAAUAUUCGGUUAAGGAAAAGUCAUCAGAGAUAGAUUAUUAUAAUGUUCCGGGAAUAGUAUUUCUUUAUGAUAUUGAACCUAUUAGUUUGUUAGUAGUUGAAAAAAGGGAUCCGUUUCUUCGUUUUUUGAUACGUAUUUUUACUAUUAUUGGUGGUCUUAUAUUGUUCACUGAAUGGUUAUACAAAUUUACAAAUCAAUUAUCUAAAAUUAUAAAUUAUAAAAAAGGAUAUUUGCAUGAUAGAACAAUGGAGAAACAUAUUGACGAAAAAAAUACAGAUAGUACAUAUCUUUAA